CCCUGGUUGCCUCUCAUAGUCAUCUUCUUCAGAGAGAGAGAGAAAGAGGAGAGAGAAAGGAGGAGUAACUCCAGUACUAGAGACACAGACACCCACCAAGGCCAAAGCAGAAGCACAAACAAGAGAAGAGCCCCCCUCUUCCACACAACACCAAGAACCUUCUCCUCCAUCUCCUUCCUCCAUAUAUGUGUAUAUAUCCAUCGAUCGCAUGACCUCUCCAAGCUAGCUGGAGAGGAAGAGAGGAGAACGAAAGGGGUGCGGUGCCGGCGCCGACCGCCCGCUGCGAUCAAGAUAGAGAGGCGCGUCGUCUUGGGCGUCGGAAGGUAUGGAGGCGAGCUCGGCGGCGUCGCCGGACCUGUCGCUGCACAUCAGCCUGCCGAGCAGCGCGCCCGGGGCCGGGCCGUCCGGCGGGCGCGCCGCGGUAGGGGGAGCAGGCGGAGUAGGAGUAGGAGGCGCGGGGGGAGACCCGUGGCGGAGGCUGAACGGGUCCACGGCGUCGACGGAGCUGUCGCUGUCGCCGCCGGCCGAGCAGGACCACGCGGGCGCGCUGCCCUGGCGGCAUCGCCCGUCGGCGGCGGCCGCGCCCUCCGUGGCCACCACGUCGGCGGGCGCGGCGCUGAUGCCCACCAUGCCGAUGCUGCAGCCGCUCGACGGCGGGGGCGGGCUAGCCGGCGGAGGAGGGGGCGCGUCGUUGGCGGCGCCAAUCCGGGGAAUACCUAUCUACAACGGCCCGGGGGGAUUCCCUUUCCUGCCGCCGGCCGCCGGGGGGGACGGCGGCCACCACCAGAAGCUCGGGUUCUACGGCUCGUACCACCCGGCCACGUGGCCUUCCUCGCUGGGCUCCACGUCGCCGUCGCCGCUCGCGCCCGGCGCGCCGCCGGGCCCGCUCGACCCGGCGUCGGCGGCGUUCCUCUCCCCCGCCGCGCACCACCACCACCGGAUGCUGACGGCGUCGGGCAGGCUGAACGGCAUGCUCUCCGACACGCUCCGCGGCUACGGCGCCGGCGGCAUGGGCGGCCUGGGCGGCAUCGGCGGGCACCACCACCACCACCACCUCCACGGCGGGCAGCCCUUCGGCCUGGGCUCCCGGUUCAUGCCCAAGCUCCCCGCCAAGCGCAGCAUGCGCGCGCCGCGGAUGCGGUGGACGAGCACCCUCCACGCUCGCUUCGUCCACGCCGUCGAGCUCCUCGGCGGCCACGAGAGGGCGACGCCCAAGUCGGUGCUGGAGCUGAUGGACGUGAAGGAUCUGACCCUAGCGCACGUCAAGAGCCAUCUCCAGAUGUAUCGGACCGUGAAGAGCACUGACAAGCCUGCGGCGUCAUCAGGGCCCAACGACGGCGGCUCCGGCGACGAGGACUUCCCCGGCGCCGGCCAGGCGGCGUCCGGCGGCGACAACAUGUGCGGCGCGAGGCCGUUCGGGGAGCACCGGUCCACCUCCGAGGGCGCGGCGAGCUCGGUGGGCGGCGGCGGCGGCGGCGACAUGGACCAGUCGUCGGCCGGGAACACGAGCACCAGGUGGAGCAACUCGUCAAGGGACCCAUGGCUGUCGUCGAAUUCAUGCAACAUGGACGCUCAUCGCUUGGCAGGACUAUCUUCUCCAAUUGAGAACCCGGAGCCUUGCCGAUCGAGCAGCUCGCAGGUGUCCAACCACGAGAUGAGUAGCCCGAGCCUGGAGUUCACGCUUGGGAGACCGGACUGGCAGGGCGCGGAUCAUGACUAGCCAUCACCAAGCUCACAGAACCUAGAAGGCUAAUUUCUUCAUUGAGAUAUAAUAGUAGCAGUAGUGACAUCAUGCAUGCUUGAUCCCCAACUCCGCGACAGCAGCAAGUUUUCAUCAGCGAAGGAAGAACAAUCAACAACAAGAGAAGCCGCAUUUUCACCGGUCCGGGUCGCAGAUGGAGCACCGGAGCAUGGGGGAAAUAGUUUAAAGACUCGGGUCACCGGGUCUGUCUCAGUCUUUGGGCGGUUUCUUAGAUUGGCCAUGUUCCUGAUUUCCUUUUCUUUCUUGCUUCUCUCUUUUUGUUUCCUUGUGCCGUGGCGAGACAGGUGCAAGGAUAUGAUAGUAGUAGAUGAUGGCGAGGGCGAGCGAGGCGUAAAGCCGUGUGCGUGUGGUGCGAGAGUGAGUCGUGUGCGUUCAUCCAUGUUUGGUGAGGUGAGGUUGAUGUUGGUGGUGUGUGGAGCUAGCUAGCGUAUCAUUAGCACAUGGAAAGUUGGAAAGGAGAAAAGAAAGAAAAGGGAAUGAGUUCUCAUGAAGCAAUCUAACUGAAGGUGAAGAUUUCAUCCUUUUUCCGUGCAUGUGUGUGUGUGAUCUCUCCUUUGGUUUUCGUCGUCUUUAGUCCCUAGCUGCAGCAGGUUCUUGUGCCCGUGUCAGUUGUUACUAGCUUGCUUGACACUGCCUGCCUGCACUUUUCCAGCACGCAGGUGUGAAACCUUGACCACCGAAUAUUUUAGCUAAAGGCCAUACUUUUACA